GCAUCCUGUAAACAACUUAUUAUUCAUAUCGUGUCAUAUAUUUUUUCUUUGUUUUAAAAUAUAUAUAAAUGCAUAAAAUUCUAUGCUGCAUUAUAGUCAAGCUUGCUCUAAGAUGAAUACUCCUUCGAUAUUUAUUUUUGAAAGCCUAGAAAAGAAGAGACUGCCAACUAAAUUGUUGGUUGUUUUUUUCAAAAAUUUAUUUAGAUAUGGGUUGAAAGAGGUGAAAGUGAUUAAUGGAAGAGUACAUUUAUAUCUAUCGUAUUCACCAAAAAAUGCAACAGUUGAAGCUAAAAUGAAAAUAUUACCGCUGCAGUAUAUCAGGGUGGUAGCAGAAGAUGAAACUGAAUUACAACUUUUCCUACAUGGUAUGAAAGAAUUUUCCAAUGUAAAUGUUUACCCUUCUAUUGAGGAAGAUAAUACAACAACAAGUCAAAUAGAGCCUUCACACCAUCACCACCGCCCUGAUGAAGUGCAGGAGCCCAAACAUAAGAAGAUAAAAAUUUUGGAGAACAGAAUGGUUUACCCAACAUCAUCACAACAGCAACAACAAGAAUUAAUAGAGGUUUACGAUGAAGAUGCUGACGAGUACGAGGGUCAGAAAUACACCGUUUUAUCAUUAUAGUAGUCUAUUCUUUAUAUUAUUAUAGUCUAUCUAUAUUUUAAUAAAUAAAAUACAUUAUUAUUA